CCUGUCACCCUGAGGUGCAGGGGACAGCCUGGGGCUACUGUGUACAGGCUGAUGAAAGGAGAAAGUGUGAUUGAGGAUAAGCUUGAAGCUGGGGCAGAGGCCGGGUUCACCAUCUCCUCCAUGACAUACGACACUGCAGGGCAUUACCGCUGCGUCUACUGGAUCAGGUCUGCCGUGUCAGAGCCCAGUGAGCCCCUGGAGCUGCCCAGUGAGCCCCUGGAGCUGGUGGUGACAGGUUACUUCCAACAGCCCCAGCUGUCAGCAGAGCCAAGCGGAGAAGCGGCCCGGGGGCAGAACGUGACCCUCCGCUGUCGCUCCUACCAGAGAUUUGACGGUUUUGUGCUCUACAGAGAGGGAGGGGCCAACAGCUCCCAGUGGGGGGACCCGCAGUCUCAGGGUGACUUCUUCAUCCCGGCUGUGGCCGCCCCUCAUGAGGGCAUUUACCGCUGCUACAGGUUUCACAGUCGAUAUCCGCAGGUGUGGUCGCUCCCCAGUGACCCCCUGGAGCUCAGGCUCACAGGGCCACUCCUCAGACCCACCCUCCAUGCUGACCCAGGCCCGCUGAUCCCCCAGGGCAAACCUGUCACCCUGAGGUGCAGGGGACAGCCUGGGGCUGCUGGGUACAGGCUGAUGAAAGGAGAAAAUGUGAUUGAGAAUAAGCCUGGAGAUGGGGCAGAGGCCGGGUUCACCAUCUCCUCCAUGACAGACGACACUGCAGGGCAUUACCGCUGCCUCUACUGGAUCAGGUCUGCCGUGUCAGACCCCAGUGACCCCCUGGAGCUCAGGCUCACAG